AUGCUGCACGAAGAGGACACCGAGCUGGAUGACACUCAUCUCUGCAUUAAGUGUGGCGGCACCGUGGUGGGAAUUGAGAAUUACAUCAAGCACCGCAAGGCGAACUGCGCCCAACCCAACGCAGCGAGGUCCUCGGGCGAAGGAUCCGGUGAUGGUGCUGUAACGGAGCCGAUUGGCAACACCGAUCAGCGAAACGCGGAUGGUACGACGACGGAGCCUGCACCGGAACCACCGGCGCCCUACGGGACGUUCGACUUUACCGAAACAAUCAAGGAGCAACCGGAACACCACAAGAAGGUCCCGAGCUAUGGCUAUCAUAACUACGAGCUGGAGUCGCACCAUCAUCAUCAUCAUCAUCAUCAUCACCGGGCGGACAAGAGUGAGGUGAAUUACGAGUACGAGCUCGGGGCGGAUCUGUUCUUUUCGUCGCUUGAGCUACAGAGCAGCAGCAAACCAAGGACUUCGGCGUCAGCGACGACGCCAACGGCAUCCGUACCUCCACCAUCGCUGCCACCGGUAACAUCCGGGACUCCCCAAUCGGGACCCGGAACCAGUGGUACUGCGGCAAAACCCAAACCAAAGACUCGCAAAGGAUCUGCACCCGAACAGGAGCAUCCGGAUCAUCCGCUACCGGACGAUUGGCUAGCGGCACCGAACGAGUCCGAUAAGCUGCUGAAGGCCGUCAGCGACAUCAGUGGGCACAAAAAAGUGGACUUGUAUCCGAUAUUCCAUCAGGAAUCACCCGAUCCGUCUGAAGAGGACAGUGAUGAAGAGGAGGACUACGAUGCGCCACCUCGGACGCACACCGGUGGCAAGUGGAAACCGGAAAAUCGUCCAUCCGCGGCACAGUGGCGCCACUGGCGGCCAGAACCGCUCGAAAAACCCGACCCGGAACCGGCAGAAGAUGAGGAAUGCUUCAAGAGUUUCUCACCACCACCGGGUCAUACGCGCGGUAAAUGGGUCCCUGGAUCGAAGAUCACACGGCUCGAGUAUAAACCGACCCACGAACCAACGAGGACCUUCGCGGACAACUACUGGUGUAGCAUCUGUAACCGACGGUUAGCGUCGCGAGUUGUCUAUGAGCGACAUUUGCGUUCCAACUUGCACCUCAAAAGGGCCCAAGAAGAAUCCGAGCUGGAACGAGCCAUUCGACCGUUGUACGCCAACGAACUGUCGAAACAGUUGACGCGUCCAAGACCUCCAGCUACGACGGUGGAUGACCCACCAGGACGUGUGAAACGACACCGGAAGUGCUACUACACGCGUUGUGUCGUCUGUCAGACACGACUUCCGACACACCUGCUCGGGAAACAUCUGAUCUCACGAUAUCACUACCGACGGAUGUUGAACCACCCCGAGCGGACAUUCGACAUCGUGCUGCGGAACAUGCACCGGAUCGUGCUGCAAUCCCCAUUUCAGUGUGGUCCUUGUCGAUUCUACGCCAACACGGAGGCACAUUUUAUGACACACUGGCGAUCACCGGAACACGUGGCCCGAGCUGCCACCGGAUCCGGUAACUUCUGGUGCAGCUUCUGUAAGUUCGAGUGUGAAGGUAACUUCCAGAUGACGGAACACCUGCAGGGAGCGAACCACCGUGAAGUGAUCGCCGUCAUCAACCGAUCGGUGCCGAUCAUCAUCCGCAAGAUCACGCGCAUCCGGUGUGAGUGUUGUGGGCAAGAGUUCCGAUACAACGCUGAAUUGCGGCGACAUCAGCGACUCCACUGUGUGGCCGUGAGUGAAGAAGCGCAGGAUCAAGUGCGUACGAAGGUGCAGAACACGUUCGCGUGUGAACUGUGCAGUGCGACGUUCCCGAACCGGAUGCGGUUGCUGCAACACGGUCAGAAACUGCACCGACUCGCACACUACUACUGCUCGAUCUGUGAGUGUUCGUUUGGGACGGCACAGGAGUCCCUGCGUCAUCGGCGCACGACGCGUCACAAGGUCAUGUCGGCGAGAAAGCGAUCGAUGGGUAGCAAAGCGAUCGGGUUGCUGCCCAAAAAGUGUUCCGUGUGCGGUGUUCAGGUGUCGGAUGUGUUGGAGCUGAAACAACACAUCGAAAGCGAACACCCGGAAGUGCGUUACAGCUGUCCCCGUUGCGGCGAGUGUUUCGUUCUGCCGCAGGAGCUCGGCAGACACGUACGUGACAAAAAUUGUACAUUUUUCAAUUCCUCCACAUCGCCCGAAACGCCACCGUUCCCGAGACCGUGUGCCACGACGGAUGUGCUCUCGAAUACGGCACCGAGCCCAUCGUCGGCGUCGUCGAGGACACGACACCAGGACACGCCGACAGCGGUUGCACUUCCGGCCGUGGAAACUUCGCCACCAGCACCAUCGUCAUCGUCAUCAGCAACCGGGCCGCAUCUUCCGGGCACAAAUUCAAUUAUCUCGAAUGAUUCAAUUAAAGUAAAUAUGAAUGAUCGUAAACUAGGCAAGGAGACACAUCUGUAUUCUUCCGAGGCGACGGCCACGGCAGCGGCGUUCCUGUCGUCGCUCGACCGGGAAUCGAGUGCCGAACCCGAUUCACCCCCGGUGCGAGCCAGCCUGCGAACGGGCACAGCUGAUGAGCCUGCGAAAGUCGAUAUGAUGGAAAAUUAUUCACCCGCCAGCUCACCACCCACUGCCCACUCACCAGCAUCGCCCGUAGGAUCGUCGUUUGGGAUUAAAUUGGAAGUGUCCUCGCACGGACGGCCACCAAGCGGAUCGCCAGCAUCACCACCACCACCACCGCUAUCGCCAGUGCGCCAGUUUCGCCACCCUUCCGGUGGUCCUUCGCCGGUGGUAUCAAAUUCGGAUUGCGAUAAUAUUGUAGCCGCUCGCAGCCCGCAAGCGUCAGCAGAAAUCUUUUUCGCCAUGGCUAAUAAUGCGUCCGAGAAUAAUACUGUUUACGUUGAUGAAAUUGUUGGCACCAUCGGCGAGGACGAUUCGGUCGUUUGCUGGCAGUGUAAAAUAUGCCCAUUCAGCACCCCAUCGCAGGCCGAAUUUCUGUUUCACGAAAUUUUGCACUCAUCAAAGUUGGAUGACAAAGCAAAGUCGUCCCCAUCGGACCGACCGGGGACGGCGCCGGUGAGGCAGCGCCCGAAAAUCACCUGCCCCCUCUGCGGAAAGCCAUUCUCGAGGGCGUCCCUUCGGUGCCACCUGCGCCAGCACACCGACGAGCGGUUGUACCCGUGCCCGGACUGCCCGAUGGCUUUCACGCGCAAGGCCAAUCUCAAAAAUCACACCGAUAACAUUCACCGGAAACCGGCGCCCUCCGAAGGGCCCGACGGGCUCGGGCAAGGCUCGGAAGUGGCCGGACCCAGCACCGCGAGGACCGUCUGCACGACUUGCGGCAAAACGUUCGCCAAUCGCUACAUCAUGCAACAGCACAGCAAAGUCCAUCACGAGCAGCGAUCCGUCAAGGAGUUUUCCUGCCAGUACGAGGGCUGUCACUAUUUGGCCCGAUCCGCGGCCGAAACCCGCCGCCAUCUGCAGUCACACUCGGACGAACGAAGCUUCGCUUGCGACGACGAAGGAUGCGAUUAUCGAGGAAAAUCCUUGGCUCAGCUGCGCAGACACGCGCUUUAUCGGCACGAGGACCUGAAGAAGAAGUACCGCUGCGAUCAGUGCGAUUUUGCCUCGCACAUUCCCGGACACCUACGGCGUCAUCUUUUGGUGCAUUCCGGAAGCAAACCGUUCGCCUGUCCGCACUGUGAUUACUCGUGCAACAACAUUGAAAACCUCCGAAAGCACGUCAUUUCCACGUCGAAGCACAAGGGCAAGUUUCUGUACGAGUGCAAGUUUUGUCCGCGAUCGAGUGAAGAAGCCAGCUAUGGGACGAACUUUCAGAAGGAGUAUCGAGCGCAUCUGCAGGACGUUCACAAGCUGACGGCGGAGGAGCUGAAGAGUGCCUCGAUAUCGUUGGCAAACGUUUAA